CAAUUGUCUGCAAGCUAGAUUCAUUUUUAAAAACAAUUUCUGCUGUGUGGAAAUCUCUCGUAGGCCGACUUCACAGAUAAGCUUUCACCAUGGGUAGAUCUUACAAUGAAGAAAUGGAAUAUGUGGAGAAACUAACCCCUUAUAGUUGGAGAAUAAAAAAAGGAUUUGUACCUAAUAUGAAGGUUGAAGGUGUUUUUUAUGUGAACAGUCAUCUGGAGAAGUUGAUGUUUGAUGAGUUGAAGCAAUCAUGCAGGUCUGCUGGUUAUGGUGGGUUUCUUCCUGGCAUGAAGCAGAUUGGGAAUGUAGCUGCCUUGCCUGGAAUAGUUGGAAAGUCAGUUGGUCUGCCUGAUGUGCAUUCUGGUUAUGGUUUUGCCAUAGGAAAUAUGGCAGCAUUUGAUGUUGAUGAUCCAAUUUCAGUCGUAUCUCCUGGCGGGGUUGGCUUUGACAUCAACUGUGGGGUUAGGCUUUUGAGGACAAACUUGUUUGAGAAAGAUGUUCUACCUGUGAAGGAGCAGUUAGCCCAGAGUAUGUUUAAUCACAUCCCAGUUGGUGUGGGCUCCAAGGGUAUCAUUCCAAUGGGAGCCAGAGAUUUAGAGGAAGCUUUAGAGAUGGGUAUGGAUUGGUCUUUGAGGGAAGGGUACAUCUGGGCAGAGGACAAGGAGCACUGUGAAGAGUAUGGUCGCAUGUUACAGGCAGACCCGUCUAAAGUCAGUAUGAGGGCAAAAAAACGAGGUCUACCUCAGUUAGGAACACUUGGGGCUGGCAACCACUAUGCCGAGAUACAAGUUGUAGAUGAGAUAUUCAAUGAAUUCAAUGCAAAGAAGAUGGGCAUUGAGGAGAAAGGACAGAUAUGUGUGAUGAUUCACUGUGGAAGUCGAGGACUGGGCCAUCAAGUUGCCACAGAUGCUUUAGUUGCCAUGGAAAAGGCCAUGAAGCGAGAUAAGAUUGAUGUUAACGAUAGACAACUUGCCUGUGCGCGAAUCAACAGCCAAGAAGGUCAGGAUUACUUGAAGGGAAUGGCAGCGGCAGCUAAUUAUGCCUGGGUCAACAGAAGUAGCAUGACUUUUCUUUGUAGGCAGGCAUUUGCCAAAAUGUUCCACUCAUCACCAGAUGACUUGGACAUGCAUGUCAUAUAUGACGUGAGUCACAACAUCGCAAAAGUUGAAGAGCAUUUUAUUGAUGGCCGACAGAAAACACUGCUCGUCCAUAGGAAAGGGUCCACACGCGCAUUUCCUCCGCAUCAUCCUCUCAUCCCUGUCGACUACCAGUUAACAGGUCAGCCAGUCUUAAUUGGAGGCACCAUGGGUACGUGUAGUUAUGUCCUGACUGGAACAGAACAAGGCAUGAAUGAUACGUUCGGAUCUACUUGCCAUGGAGCCGGACGUGCAUUAUCUAGAGCUAAGUCUCGACGUAACCUUGACUACACCGACGUUUUGAAAUCAUUAGAGGAGAAAGGUAUCUCAAUCAGGGUGGCCUCUCCAAAACUGGUCAUGGAGGAGGCACCUGAAUCGUACAAGAAUGUUACAGAUGUUGUCGACACAUGUCACUUAGCUGGAAUCAGUCAGAAAUGUGUGAAGCUGAGACCUAUUGCCGUUAUUAAGGGAUAGUUGUGCUUUCAGGGAAGAAAGUUCUGUUAUAAUUUUUUGUUUCAAUGAUGCCUAAUUGUUUGUUUCGACGUAAUUAGUUUGAAAUUAAUUUUUAAUGCCUGUAUUUAAAUAUUUGUUUAAUUUUUGUUUCUUAUAAAGAGAGACAUAAUUUUUUUUAAAUAUUUUUUGUGUAAAAAUACAAAUAUGUUUUCUUAUAGAAAUAUACAAUAAAUUAAUUAUCAAAUAUGAAAAAUAUUGUAUAUCAAAAUGCGGUGAAAAAUUUGAAAGUAUGUUUGAAAUAUUAAAACUUUAAUGAAGAAAAUAGCCUACUUUAAAAUUGCUUUAAAGGCACGGUAAAUGCUAAAGUAAAUUUGGGUGAGUGAUGCUGGCGGAAAAAGGGUAACGUGUUCGUGAACGCAACUGUUCACGGUACUGCGUGAGGUUCGUGCGGUUGAUUGAUCACUGAUGUGACAGCUUUGAAAAGAUUAGUUUACUUGAAACUCAUUAAAUGUUUGUCAGGCUGCAAUUAUAAAAUGAUUAAAAGUGCUAUGAAUGGACAUGAUCCUUAAAAUAAUGCUAUAAUUAGAAUACAAAUUAACUAAGCAGUUUAAUAUAUAUAUAUAUAUAUAUAUAUAUAUAUAUAUAUAUCUGUUGAAAGGAGGGCAUAUUUCAUACAGUAUUGUAUGAAUUCGGUAGAAUACUUACAAUACUGUAUAUAUGUAUAUAUAUAUAUAUAUAUAUAUAUACAUUUAAAUUAUCAAUAAAACGGCAAUUAUUCGUUCAUGUAUUGAGGUGGCAAACGUUAAUUUGUAGGAAAAUGUGUUUGGAUCCAGUGGCGGGGAUGAAUCUCCUUUACCAAACC